AUGGGCUGGGACGAGGCCGGGUCCCAGCACCUGGGACUGUGGGUCCUGAUGAUGCUGGGGGUCCUUUUCCCGGAAGCCUGCCAGGCACACCCUAUCCCUGACUCCAGCCCCCUCCUCCAAUUCGGGGGCCAAGUUCGACAGCGGUUCCUCUACACGGACGACGCCCAGGAGACAGAGGUCCACCUCGAGAUCAAGGCUGAUGGCACAGUGGUGGGGACCGCUCGCCGGAGCCCUGAGAGUCUCUUGGAGCUAAAAGCCCUGAAGCCGGGAGUAAUUCAAAUCUUGGGGGUCAAAACGUCCAGGUUCCUGUGCCAGGGCCCAGAUGGGACACUGUAUGGAUCGCUCCGCUUUGACCCCGCAGCCUGCAGCUUCCGGGAGCUGCUUCUGGAGGACGGAUACAACAUCUACCACUCGGAGACCCUCGGGCUCCCACUCCGCCUGCCCCCCCACAACUCCCCAUACCGGGACUCAGCCCCCCGGGCACCUGCCCGCUUCCUGCCGCUGCCAGGCCUGCUUCCGGCACCCCCGGAGCCUCCAGGGAUCCUGGCCCCCGAGCCCCCGGACGUGGGCUCCUCGGACCCUCUGAGCAUGGUGGGGCCUUCCCAGGGCCGAAGUCCCAGCUACGCUUCCUGA